AUGCAGAGGACAAGCCCACAGCGCCGCACCCGUGCUGGCUUUCUUCCACUUGCUGAGGAUGCAGGUGGGCUUGCCUUGUCGUCGAGAAGGGGCCAGCAUGAUCCACCGAAACACCAUCGUGGAAGGAAGGACCCGUUGACGUUUCGAUAUUUACGGGAUUCGGAGUGGAAGCUUUGGUACACGCGAGGAACAGCGAAUGAAGUGCAGCUGACCCGGAAUGUGAAUUUUCAGAUCGACACCAAGCUUGUGCCUCUGCCGUCGUCUUCAACUCGAGCCUCGAAGGUGACAAGGAUCACGGUCAUGACGGGCGAGUUUGUGACGUCUACAAGUGAUGACGCAGCCUCGGGCGGUCCGUCCGACUCGCACUUGAGGUCGGGCAUGACGAUAGACGAGCAGCUGAUCAAGGCCGAGCAGCUCAAGUCGCUUGGCAACAAGGCAUACGAGCAAGACGUUUUGACAGAAGCGCUCAAACAAUGGCAUCAUUCCUUGCUCUACUGUGCUGGAAUCAACUCAUUCGCUUCUCUAUAUGGUGCCCGCUCUACGGACGUCGAAAACGAGCGCGCUGCGGCAAUCGCGGGCGCCGUCUACAAUAACAUGGCUGCGUGUUACCUCCGUCAAUCCAAAUGGGAGAAGGCUGUCUACGCAGCUUCCAAGGCGUUAUCGCUCGUACCCGAUAAUCUCAAAGCGCUGUACCGAAGAGGCGAAGCGUAUCUUGAGCUCGGUCGCAAUCAACUUGCAGCCAGAGAUAUUGAUACGGCCCUCGACUUGAGGCCACAAGACCCAGUCAUUCGGAAGCUAGGCGAGCGCUUGGUACAAGCUUUCGAGGACGAGGAGAUGCACCGACAGCUCGACACAGCGCGAGACACCUCCGCAUGA